AUGCUUAGAUUCGCCUCCGUUAGACUCCUUGCGCAAAGCGCCAGCAGAACUGGUUUCAUGAGAUCUGCAAUGAGAACCAGCAUUGCUCACUACAGCAACGGUACCCCAGUUACCGAGAUCACUGACUUGGAUCAAUUUGCCAAAUUCACAGAUUCCGAGACCCCGUCCGUCAUUGACUUCUAUGCCACCUGGUGUGGUCCAUGCAAGGCAAUCUCUCCAAUUUUCGACAAGUUGGCACACGCUAUUCCAGAGGCUCAAUUCGCUAGAGUUGAUGUCGACAUUGCUCACGAGGUUGCCCUUGCCAAUGAAAUCACCGCCAUGCCUACUCUCAAGCUCUUCAAACAGGGCGAGGAGACAGGCAAAAUUGUUGGCGCUGACCUUCAAAAGUUGAUUCAGUUGAUCCAGGAAAGCACUGGUGUGGACGUCAAGCAGAGAAAGCUCUAA